AAAGCCCGCCUUUCUCUACAAAUAAAGGUCCUAGCCGCCGUGUCAACAGGCGGAGCUAAGUUCAACGUGGUUCAUACUCCCACGGCUUCUUGGAAAGUGAAGCCCCACGUAGCAAGAAGAUGACCCGAAGUUGCUCUGCAGUGGGCUGCAGCACCCGCGACACCGUGCUGAGCAGGGAGCUCGGCCUCUCCUUUCACCAAUUUCCAACUGAUACCAUACAGCGCUCAAAAUGGAUCAGGGCUGUUAAUCGUGUGGACCCCAGAAGCAAAAAGAUUUGGAUCCCAGGACCAGGUGCUAUACUGUGUUCUAAGCAUUUUCAAGAAAGUGACUUUGAGUCAUAUGGCAUAAGAAGAAAGUUGAAGAAAGGAGCUGUGCCUUCUAUUUCUCUAUACAAGGUUCCUCAAGCUGCACACCUUAAAGGUAAAGCAAAACAGAAAAUUCUCAGACAGCCACUUCCAGAUGAUUCUGAAGAAGUUACUACUGAGGACCAUAACUAUAGCUUAAGGAGACCAUUGACAGUAGGUGCAGAGAAACUGGCUGAAGUACAACAAAUGUUACAAGUGUCCAAAAAGAGACUUAUUUCUGUCAAAAACUAUAGGAUGAUAAAGAAGAGAAAGGGCUUGCAGUUAAUUGAUGCACUUGUAGAAGAGAAACUGCUUUCUGAAGAAACAGAGUGUCUGCUGCGAGCACAGUUUUCAGAUUUCAAGUGGGAGUUGUAUAACUGGAAAGAAACAGCCGAGUACUCCUCAGAAAUGAAACAGUUUGCAUGCACCCUCUAUUUGUGCAGUAGCAAAGUCUAUGAUUAUGUCAGAAAGAUUCUUAAGCUACCUCAUUCUUCCAUCCUCAGAACGUGGUUAUCCAAGUGCAAACCCAGUCCAGGUUUCAACAGUAACGUUUUUGCUUUUCUUCAACAAAGAGUAGAGAAUGGAGACCAGCUAUAUCAGUAUUGCUCACUGAUUAUAAAGGGUGUAUCUGUCAAGCAGCAACUUCAGUGGGAUCCCAGCAGUCAUCAUUUACAAGGAUUUAUGGACUUUGGUCUUGGCAAACUGGAUGCUGAUGAAACACCACUUGCCUCAGAAACUAUUUUGUUGCUGGCAGUGGGUAUUUUUGGUCAUUGGAGAACACCUCUUGGUUAUUUUUUUGUAAACAGGGCAUCUGGAUAUUUGCAAGCUCAGCUGCUUCGUCUGACUAUCGGCAAACUGAGUGACAUAGGCAUCACAGUGCUGGCUGUUACAUCUGAUGCAACAGCUCACAGUGUGGAAAUGGCAAAAGCCUUAGGGAUAUGUAUUGAUGGAGACAACAUGAAGUGUACAUUUCAGCAUCCUUCAUCUUCUAGUCAACAGAUUGCAUACUUUUUUGAUUCUUGCCACUUGCUUAGAUUAAUAAGAAACGCAUUUCAGUAUUUUCAGAGCAUUAAGUUUAUUAAUGGCACAGCACGUUGGCAGCAUCUUGUGGAUUUAGUAGCACUAGAGGAAAUGGAAUUAUCAAGUAUGAAAAGAAUCCCAAGUAAACUUCCAAACUUGAAAAAUCAUGUACUGAAAAUGAAUUGUGCUGCCCAAAUCUUCAGUGAAAGUGUAGCCAGUGCGCUAGAAUGUUUGCGGUCCAUACGCCUACCUCCUUUUCAAAGCUGUAUCGGUACCAUCAAUUUUAUACGCUUAAUUAACAAUCUGUUUGAUGUCUUUAAUAGUAGAAACUGUUAUGGAAAGGGACUUAAGGGGCCGCUAUUGUCUGAAAGUUAUAGUAAGAUAAAUCGUGUGUUGAUGGAGGCCAAGACUCUUUUUGUUACUUUAUCUGAUACUAACAAUAAUCUAAUAAUUAAAGGUAAGCGAAAAUUAGGAUUCUUGGGAUUUCUGCUCAAUGCUGAGAGUUUAAAAUGGCUUUACCAAAAUUAUGUUUUCACAAAGGUCAUGCCUUUUCCAUAUCUUCUGACUUACAAAUUCAGUCAGGAUCAUCUGGAAUUAUUUUUAAGGAUGCUUAAGCAGGUGUUAGUAACCAGUUCAAGCCCUACCUGCAUGGCAUUCCAAAAAGCUUACCAUCAUUUAGAGUCUAGAUACAGGUUUCAAGAGGAAGUUUUCCUAAGUGAAGUAAGCAUCCUUGACAUUUCAGUUGCUCGAAGGGCAGACUUGGCCCUUCGGACAGUUCAACGCCAGUAUGGUGUCAGCACCACAAAGACUCUUUUUCACAAGGAGGACAUUUGCCAAGACUGGUCACAUUGUUUACUGAGUGAGGCAUUACUAGACCUGUCAGAUCACAGGCGGAACAUCACCUAUUAUGCUGGCUACAUUGCUAAUAAAUUAUCAAGUCUUUUAACUUGUGAGGAUUGUAUCGCUGCACUGUAUGCAUCGGAUGUCAAAGCCUUUAAAAUUGGGUCCCUGUUAUGUGUGAAGAAGAAGAAUGGUUUGUAUUUUCCUUCAGAAAGUCUACGUAGGGUCCUAGACAUCUGUGAGCGAGCUGUAAGAACAUAUUCAAAAACGGCACUUUAUAAACUAGUUCCCAAAACAAGAGACUUGUAUCUUCAGCAGAAAAUAUUAUGUGAGCUUUCUGGCCAUCCUUAUCUUUUUGUAGGUUUAGAUGAGCAUCUGUUUGAUGGAGAAGUAUGUGCCGUCAACCACUAUGUAAAGUUGCUAAAGGAUAUAAUAGUUUGCUUCUUAAGUGUCAGAGCUAAAGAUGUAUCUCAGUAUCCUUUAAAACACCAUUCAGAAAGAAAUGAAAUGAAAACAUUAUCAAAGAAAUACUUAAUAUCUUUACAAGAUUACAAAUAUCCAGAUUUUAACAAAACCAAGAAAUCCAGGCAGUUGCUAAGUAAGAGUGGUUAUCCAUUCAAAUGAGAGUCCUGAAAUAUAUGAAAAUGUUUAUUAAGAGUAAGUGGUCAACAUGGGUUUAUUUUUAAAGUUCAACUUACCAUUAUUUUAUAAAUUGAUCAUUAUGUACAG